AUGGAGAUCCAGAGCCCGUUUCAGAUCGUCUGGGACAAAACUCCGUACUCCUCCUUCUCUGAUUAUAUUUUUGCCAAAAUCACCGCGCAUGGCAGCAAUUUGGCCAUUGUGAGUUUGUAUGAAUAGGUUUUCAGCUUUUGUAAGAACUGCCGCCCCGGAAAGGGCAAAAGUUGUGCGAUUAGGGCUAAGAUUUUGAUUUUGAUUAAGUAGGCCUUUUAAAUUUCAUAAAAUCUACUUUCCUCCAAGCACGCUUAGCAAACGUUUUCGAACAAACUAUAUACUCAGAAGUUAAUUCUUUUUUUUUGUCUAAUAAAAUGACGCGGAAUUAACGUGAGGCCUCAAUUGGCUCUGAAUAGGAAAGGGGAAUUUUUCGUUUCUUGGAGAUUGUUAAUUUUGGUGUAUUUCAGAACUCGAAAUACAUCAAAAUAUUAUCCUCGUAAUGAAUUAUGAUAAGAAGAAAGUCGACAGAAACCAAAGUGUUAGAAACGUAAAUUGCGCUAAAGGUAUAUCAAACGCAAGAACAACACAGCAUGCGAUUUUGCGACCCUUCACCUUGAAUCGAAAAUAAGACAGCCUUAAAGAAAAUGUCUUUCAAGUUUUUCAUUAGGCGACAUGUGAAUAAAAUUGUAGUUUGAGUGAGAAUUUCGAAAAAUUUCUUUUACAGAAAAAUGUUUUCCAAGCAACUUCCUCGAUAUUUCAGGUAGACGUCGACACGGGAAAACAAUGGAGAUAUUCAGAAAUCAGGAGCUGGAGCGAGAUGUGUGCAGCAAGACUCAGAGAGAUUCAAGUUAAAUUUUGUUUUUAUUUUUUCAAUUUGCAAAAAUUUCAAGGUAACGCCAUCAAGCCGUGUCGCAGUGAUAACCGGAACUACAGGUUUUUAGGAAUUUAGGAAAUUUUUGCAGUUUCUUUUUUAGGACAAGCGAUUUUCGUCCAUCUUGCUUGCUCUUUAAUUGGGUGCGCAGCUGUCGCCGUCAACGGCUGGAGUACAGUUGGUUCGAAUUACUUCCUUUUCUUUCAAAGUGAAAUAAAACCUUGCAGAUGAAGUUUGGACGCUCGUUGAUCUUUCAGAAUCGACACACUUGAUUGUGGAGCCUCAAUUUUCUCAAAAGGUAGGGCUUUGGUCUAUUCAUUUCGAUUUGGAGAUUUAUCGCUAGAUAGACAGCUUUUUUAUCGCUAAAACUGCUUUUCUCUGAUGAAAAUCUCGUCACUAGAGAUUUUGGUAGCCGCUUCCAAAAAUUUGACGAAAAGAGGCUUGAACACGUUUCACGUCCUCAUGAAGUUCAAAGACAAGAAACCUCUCAAGCUGGAGUUUUUUUUUGUAAGUCCUGACGCAAACUCAGAGAGACAAACAAAAAAAUAAAACACAAGGUCCUUUGCAAAUUUUUUUUUCCUUUCUCCUAAUUAGAAAUUUCUUUAAUAUCGAUUCGGCCGAGUUUCAUCAAAAAUUAACCGGUCACCUGAAAUGAAUUCUUUGUAUAGGCUGUUACAAGGAGUUUUUUCUUCAAAAACAAUUUUUGAUUUUAUUCAAAAGUUCACCGAAUUUAGAGCAUUUUUCUUCAGAACCUUCGAAAAAAAACUAAAUAAAAUUUCAGGCAGACGAUGUCCGUCGGAAGGCUCAAAUGCGAGGCGGAGGACGAAUCAAGCACGUCAAACACUUGGAUGAUGUCCUGACCUCGAAACCCAUCACAGAUGAACUCAAGAAAAAGUCAAAAAUUCUCCACUGAAAAAGUAAAAUUUGACAAAUUCAGAAACCCUCUGGUCAAGGAGACGUCUUCAAACAAAAUAAUGUAAGUUUUGCUUUUUCAUUUUUUUCUUUUUGAAUUUGAAAAUUACAGCGUUAGCCAACCUCUAGGAGAACCAGAAAUCACCAUCGACCUCAACUCACCACUGUCGGAAGUUCGUGAGAUUUUGAAACAGAAAUGUCAUUUUUAUGGCAAAGGAGCUGCCGCAUGGAGAAGUCCCAUCUGACGAAGGUUGUGGUCAAAACACGAUGAUGAUAUUUUUCACCAGUGGUACGACUGGUUUGCCGAAGGUUUUUGUUACCAAUUAUUCAAUUUUUUUCCGCAAAAAAAGUUUUAGGCGGCCGAAUUGACCCAUCGAUCGAUUGUGAUCAAUCUCCAGCAAAUUAAUCAGCCUUUAUAUGGCCCAGUUACUCAAAAGGAGCGUUUUUUGCUUCCCUUGUCUAUUUCUCACAUUUUUGGAUUUAUAUCAGCGUAUUACGCUUUAAUCAAUGGCGCCUCACUUUAUUUAGUUUCCAAGGUCACUCCGAAGUCGUUCAUGGAAACUUUGACUUCAAAUCAGGUUCGCUUCAUUUUUAUUUCCGUGGGACGUAUUUAGAAUAGAUCAUUGCGUUGAGGUCGUGCGGCGGUUGGAAUCUCGAAUCCUCACUAAAAGUAUUACCAGCCUUGAUAUUUCUGAAACUUUUUGAAGUACUUUAAAACUUGGUUCUCUCAAAAAAUCAAAAACCUUCAGAGGAGAGUUUAAAAUAGUCGUUCUUAAUAAUGAUUCUGGGCCGUAGGAAAUUCCCAAUGCGGCAAAAUUAAUUCGAGUUAAUGUCAAAUCAAUAAAUUGAGUUGCAUUUUAUAGAUAAACGUGAUUCAUAUAAAUCCUGGAAUUGUUCAUUGGAUGGCCAUGGAUCCCGUGAUUGAAGAUUAUCGUGCUCCUCACCUGAGGAGUAUUCUGUGCGCUGGAGCACCAAUCGACUCUAAUUUGGCCAAAAUUGUCAGAGACAAGUUGAAGAUCAAGGAUUUCCGACAAGGUUUGCUUUUUUGAGAAAGCUUGAACUUGAUAGUUCUUUAUGAGUUUAUCAUGAUUAAAAGCCAUUUCCAGCUUCUUUUCGAGUAAUACAAGACUUCUGUGUUUUUUCAAAGCAUAUAGGACACGUUAUCAAGCAUUCUAUAGCAGAAAAUGAAUCACUUCUCAAAAACCUUCUCUUACAGCAUAUGGUAUGACCGAGCUCGGAGGAAUUUGCACCAUGUCGCCCUAUGAAUCCGAAAAAAUCGAAUCAGUUGGAAGCCCACUUGCAGGAAUGCUUUUUAAAGUUAGUAGAAGCUCAGAAAUCUCAUUCAUUUGAAUUCUUCAAGGUAGUCAAUUGGGAGACCAAACAACUUUGCGGUCCACGACAGCCUGGCCAAAUCAUCGUCAUGGGUCCUCAAGUGAUCCCGAGCUAUUACAAAAAUCCGAAAGCGACUUCUGAGCUUCUGGAUCUCACCGGAUUUGUUAGGACAGGUAAAGUUUCGAGAAUUGAUAUCGAAGAUUAAAGUGGGGAAUUAUAGGAGAUGCGGGUUUUUACGAUGAACUCGGGAGGAUUUACGUUUUAGAUCGGAUCAAGGACAUUGUCAAGUACAAAGGAGCUCUGGUGAGCUUUUUUUGUGAGAAAGGAAUAGCAAAAUAUGUUCUUUUUUUUCCAUGUGGUUCAAAAAGAGUCAAAAAUUCAUAAACUUGAAAAAUUAAGUUUUUUUGUUGGUUCUUCUUUUUUCCUUUAUAGACUCCCCUGUACUUUUUUCUUCGCUAUCUGAGGUUUUUUUUUAUCUAUCCGACCUCAAAGGCUUCUAAUUGGUCUCUUUUUCCUGAUAAUUAGCAUAUGGACCUCUCUAUUUUUAAUGGAAAACCCUUCUGAACUUAGACAAACAUUUUUCUGAAAACUUCAACUCACCUCAGUUUUUUUAUUUAGAAAAAAAUUGAAAUUGCUUCAUCUCACUGAAAUCGAUGUUUUUUUGCUUAGAUUUGCCCCUCUGAAGUUGAACUGGUCCUUCGAGCUCAUCCGGGAAUCGACGACUGCGCCGUGGUCGGAAGACAAGAUCAUGUCGCCGGAGAAGUAUUAUCAUUUUUUAGAGAUCCAAUUUCAUUAAUUUUCCAGGUACCUGCAGCUUUUGUAGUCAAGAACCACUCUCACCCAUUGCUAGCUUCGGCGGAAGUUCGUCAAUAUGUCUCAGGUAAUAUUUUCCCUUUUCCUGACUUUCUUGGAAUCUUUCACUUUCAGGAAAGAUCUCGACCUUCAAAGAGCUUCGAGGUGGUGUCUUCUUCAUCUCAGAAGUUCCACGAAGCACCUGUGGUAAAAUUCUUCGCAGGAGUCUGAGAGGGUUCUGGGACCGGGAGAGGACCAACUCAAAGGUUUCUUUCAUAAUCUGAUUUUCACGAAUUUUUCACUAAAGGUGGAGACUCUACUAACGAAAGAUGCCCUGAAGACGUCCGUAGUUUCUUCAAAACCAGUGGCCGGGAAGAAAAUCAACGGAGUCACGGCUUCUCCAAAACGCGUCUUGUCCACUGCGACCCCCCUUAACAAAGUGACCAAAAAGUAA